CGCGAUGGAAUUGUUGUUCCAUCAUCAUCAUCAUCAGCAUCGUCGUCAUCAACUCCACCAGCACCGUCUCAUCUUCAACACUUCUACUAGCCUCCGCCGAAUCUUUCAUACUUCUAUCCGGCCUUCCGAUGUGAAUGUGUGUGACCGAGCACGGUCGUAGUUCUUCCUGUGCUGCCCCCGGUUUUUCGGUGGUUGUUUAAUAAAUAAUGCAAUCUUUUUCUACCAUCGGUGCGGUGACGAUGCUGCCGCGGUUGUUGCUGUGGUUGUGGCGGACAUUUCCCGUCGAUAGUUACGCGGUGUCGGAUCGCGCGGUCGGUCUCGCGUACAUCGGAGCGCGUACGCUGCUGUAGAGGUGGGGACCGUCCCGGGUUUUGUUUUUAUUUUCCGACCGAUUCUGCUGCUGCUGUGGGGCUCCGGUGGUCAACAAUUCCGGUAGUGGUGCUGUUGUGUUGGUGCUGCUAUUUUGAAGAUAUCGUACAAAAUAACACACGAUAGUGGCGUGGCCGUGAGUGUGUGAAGAUUUGGGCACACGUUAUCAAAAAGGGCACUGGCAUUCCGCUAGGGCUCGUAAGUCUAAAUCUCGCAAAUCAACCGUACCGUCAGAGGCCACGCAAUGUGUGGUGUAAAUAACAGUUGUUUAAGAUAGUGCUCCAUCGCUUGGUGCGCACAAGAAGGAUGUCAACUUUUUUCACCACCAACCGGCACGGGUACAGUGUGCGAUUUUCGCCCUUCAACCCGGACCAGUUCGUCGUGGCAUCGAGCCAAUUCUAUGGCCUGGCCGGUGGUGGCACGCUGUACUUUCUCGAGCUCACGCCGGACGGUUGCGGUAUCGUCGAGAAGCGUACCCAUCACUGGACGGACGGACUGUUUGACGUGACGUGGUCCGAAUCGAACCCGGAAAUCAUUGUGUCCGGUUCGGGGGAUGGCAGUGUCCAGCUGUGGAACACCAACGUGUCCAGCAACAACGGACCUCCGUCGAUGGUGUACCGGGAGCACAAGAAGGAAAUCUACAGCGUGGACUGGAGCAAGGUACCGUACGAGCAGCUCUUCAUCAGUGCCAGCUGGGACAGUACGGUGAAGAUAUGGGAUCCGAUCCGGAACAACUCGCUCAGUACGUACAUCGGCCAUACGCAGCUCGUGUACAAUGCGGUGUUUGCGGCCCACAUCCCCAACACGUUUGCCAGCGUCAGUGGUGAUGGAUUUCUGAAGAUUUGGGACAUCCUCUGUUACGAUCUACCGAUCGCAAGCAUUAAGGCUCACGAUGGAGAGGUUUUAACGGUGGAUUGGUGCAAGCAUGAUUCGAACAUUCUGGCUACUGGCGCGUCGGACGGUUUGAUACGCAUUUGGGACCUGAGAAACUUCGGCGUACCGAUCACGGAACUGAAGGGCAAUGAGUUUGCCGUAAGGAAAGUACAAUUUUCACCGCACAAUUUCUCCGUGCUGGCCAGCGUCGGAUAUGACUUUACCACCAGAAUAUGGGACUUUAAGAAGAGCAAUGAAGCGAUGGAAACGAUCAAACAUCAUUCGGAGUUUACGUACGGGCUCGAUUGGAACAGACGUCGCCGGAAUCAGCUGGCCGAUUGUGGAUGGGACUCGCUGGUGCACGUCUUCAAGCCGGAUUGCCUUUCGGAUAAGAUUUAGGGCGCCACGUGCCGGCACACACACCCGCAACAGUUCCUUUCUAUAUGGCUUCAGCUGAAGGACGUAGCCAGCUAAGGUGUAGACGUGUGAUCUAUGUGUCCCCUCCUCCAACUUCUCCCCCACUCCAACCACAGCACAUCCAACUGUCCUAAAGGUGUAGUAAGUGCUAAAGCCAAGCCCAGCGAAAUGCGGGGCGAUGGCAUUAGCAAGCCAAAAUUGUAACAUUUCGGCCAACGUGUGGAAGGUGGAAAAAUUGUGAUUUAGAUGAUAAGUAGACCAACAAAAAGAGAUGCUCCCGGGACCUGGCGCCCGCAGUAAUGGAGAUAGUCGUCACAUUGAAAUUAGCUAUUUGUACAGAAAGCGAUCGCGAAAGGCGGUUGGACUUCUAAAGCACCGCCCGGGUGGAUGGUGUAAAAUUUAUGUUUCGAUGUACAGUUGUAAUCAAAACUCGGUGAUGGUAGAGCUGCGGUAGAUGAUACUUAUGGUGCGUGGUACAGCUGUAAAAGGAUGCUUGGCAGCAGCGAACAAUAGGCCGGUGCGCAGUUUGAUGGUAGUUUAUAUUAAACUUUAACUGUUUGUAUUAUUAUUUAUUAUUCUUCAUUGAAGAUCGUUAGCUUGGUUACAUGGUUCUGUUUCUCUUUUCGCAAAGCUAUUGGUUUAUUACGAGGUAGGGCUUUUGGUUUUCGGUGCAAACAAUGUUUUAGACUAAUGGAUUAUAGUUCUGGAUAUUAUAUAAAAAAUGGUAUUAAAAAACAGGAUAGAUAAAUUUGUGACGAACCAAACACACAGGAAAUAUAUGCAUA